UUGAGCCCAAAAACACAUCAAAAUGUGUCCCAUUGUCCUCAAAAUGGCAAGUCCUCCCCACAAUCUUGAAAACCAGAACAAAAAUCCAAUAUCACAGCUCACCAUCCCCACUUGUUGAGCCUUUAGAGGAGUCUCUUUCUCACAGAAAAACACUCUCUCUUCUCUAGGCAACUGUUGGCAGUGACCCAUCAAUUGCAUGAAAGCAUAGAGAUCAGAUGGUGUUGUAGCUUAUUAGUUUGAAGGGACAGAAGGGAAGAAGAAGUAGAAGUAGAAGUAGAAGUAGAAGAAGAAAGUUUGGAUAUAUAGGUGGCAAAUGGGAGACUCUGAAUGCUCUUUUUCCAUAUCCAACCUCAUGUGUCAAGAAGAUAGAGCAUUGCUUGAUGAUGAGGAUGAAGAGGAAGAAGAGGAUGAGGAGAAGAGUGAAGUGUUUCUGGUGCUGAAGGAUUCAGAAACUGAGGAUGAUGAGUAUAUUGAGAGUCUUUUUUCAAGAGAAGCUAGCUUUGAUGGUAGAGGUGUGGAUUCAUUGGCAGGGAAUGAAAGCUCACUGCUUCUUGUUGCUGGUGGAGAUUGGCUCAAGUGUGCUCGUUCUGAUGCUAUUCAGUGGAUGUUGAGAACUAAGGCGUGCUUGGGAUUCAGCAUUCAAACUGCUUUAUUGGCUGUCUCUUAUCUUGAUCGCUUCUUGGCUCGGCGAAGCAUAGAAGAGGGCAAGUGUUGGGCAGUGAAGUUAGCAGCAGUGGCUUGUUUAUCACUGGCUGCAAAGAUGGAAGAACUCAGAGUCCCAGCAUUAUCAGAGUUCAGAUUAGAGGAAUACCAAUUCCGGAGUGAUAUAAUCCAAAGAAUGGAACUUCUAAUCUUGAAUACAUUAGAAUGGAGAAUGAGUUCAGUGACUCCCUUUGCAUAUCUAAGCUAUUUCACAGCAAAAUUCCAGUUUGGGUCUGAACUGAAGGACCUGUUACCCAAAGCCAUUGCAUUGAUCUUCUCAACCAUUGAAGUGAUGAAUUUAGUUGAUCACCGAGCCUCAGAAAUUGCUGCAGCAGCCAUUCUAGCAGCAUCAAACCAGAGAUUAACAAAGAAGUUAAUGGAGUCUAAGAUGAGUUCCAUCUCAUUGUGUGCAUCCUUGCAAUCAGAGCAUGUGUUUGCCUGCUAUACUAUGAUGGUUCAGAAGUCACACAAGGUGGGACUGAAAACAUCAAAGAUAUUAAUUUCUUCAGACCUUUCAACUAACAGAGAGAGUGGCAACAGCUCCAUUGAUGUGAUCAAUGUUGUAGCUGCAAGCAGUAAGAGGAGAAGGUUGGAAUAGCAAGCCAGGUGUUCUACAGGAAUGCUUGGAUUGAAGCAGAGAGACACAGAAAGAGAGACCCCAGCACUAUUUUUUUUGCUGUUCUUGGGGGUGAUUUGAUUUGAUUUCAUUCUAUUACUAUUACUAUUAUUAUUACUAUUACUAUUACUAUAAAAUUAGUGUCUGAAGUGUAUGUGUUUGAGAUUUUUUGGGGUUUUUUUUUUUAUAAUUUUUUUGAUAACUCUAAAGGGAAGAGGAGAAGAAAGUGAAAGUGAAAAAGGCUGACUGAAGUGAAAAAGCAUGGAAGUAGGAGUCCUUUUGGGUGAUAGCCCUUGUCAUUUAUUCAUGAAUACUUACCUACAAA